CGCUCGGCCGUCGCGGUAACACAGCAUCGUGGACGGUGCGUCGUUUCAUGAAAAAAAAGGUUCCGUCGGGCCUCGUGCGCCGCGUACAAGGGUGGACGGAGGCGAGUUACGCCGCGGGCCCAGAGGGCGGGCAACGAUCGAGCAAAUCGAUUUGUACGGCCGAGUAGACCCGUGAUAGUUCGCGAUCGAGCGACCGGAAGGCGGAGAGCCGCGAUAUAGAGCCGUGUGGUACCCCCGAUCUGUUCCCAUGAGUCCGAACCUAUCGUUCACGGACGAGCAGUGAGACGGGGUGGGGGGUUGGUGGUGGUUGCGGCAGAGCAGCUCGAUCGUGUCGUUCCCGUGAACCCUUCCCUUCUGCCUCUUCCGCCCUCGAGUUUGCCUCGAUAUCGGCUGUGCCAGAGGACGAAGAGAACGCGGGACGCGAGGCUGAAGGUGGUGCCUCUUUGCGGACCGUUCGUUCUGUCUCGUCUGCGUGAACGGUGUCGGGGAACGUGCGGAAGUAUGCGCGUGAUAUCGAUCACGCGGCCUGAUCGCGCGGAUAUGUGAUACCGAAAACGGUUACGGCAGGCUUCGACCUGCGUGCAGGUGGCUCGACGGUGCGUACGACGUAUGCGUAUAGAGGGGCGCCGAGGGAGAGAAAUAGAAGGGUGCGCGAGAAGUGCCGCGUGUCAGGACCAAUCGUGAAGAUGCACGCCACCGACGCCGUCGUCGCGACGGCGUCCCUGCCGUCAUCCACGUCGUCCGUACGUGUCUCGAGGAAACCCAACUCCGUCGCCAGACUCCUCUGCACGGUGUUCGUGUCCUGGUGGAUCAUUCAGGAUCAGCUGGCGUUGGGAUUCACCGAUCCACCGGAACUGACCACGAUCGAGGACUUGAGCGGAAGGGGGACGAAGAAAUUCGGCGACCAUUGCGUGGAGGAUCGCGAAUGCGGUUUCGCGGGAUCUUACUGCGAGCCGAAGAAGAGCAAAUGCGCUUGCAGGGACGAAUUCGAGGCUACGAAUCAUAUCGACAAAUGUGGACAGCCGGCGAACGUGAACGAGUCGUGCUUUUUUAACGAGCAAUGCGAGGCGAAGGUGAGCCAGACGGAGUGCAGAGACGGACGUUGCAUUUGCAUCUUCGAGAAGAUCCCGGUAACGCAGCCGGACGGGCUGACAGUAUGUGUCGCCGAACAGAAGGAAGAACCCAAUCUCCAAUAUGUCGACCCGACGAUGAUCGGUGUUCUUGUCGGUAUGGCUCUCAUGUUCAUCAUCAUCUGCGUCGUUCUUAGGCUUUUCAGCAAGGCUCGCUGGAACGAGAAUCGUACCAUCUUCAACACACCCAACGCCCGUCUGAUGAACGUGUCCUUGCUGAGGGAGAACAAACUCCUGCACCCGCAGGAGAGACGCGGUUCAAGGGCGAGCGUACGGGUCCCCUCGAGGCAACCCUCGAUGGCCUCGUUGCGCCCCCACUCGCCAAACGCCUCGCAAGGUGCGAAACACUCUCAGCACUCACAGCACAGAGUGAGCCGGUCACGAACAGGAUCACGGCGGGGAAGUCGCGGCAGCAGCGGGAACACGUCGUCGGUUUCAACGAAAUCGAACAAGUCGCCGCCAUAUCAGCCGAACGCCAUGACAGAGACCGUGCUGGAUCACGUCAGCGUGGAAAUUUUCGAGGCCAAGGCGUAGAAAUCUGCACGUGAAGUCUUCUAAAAUCCAUCGUCGCCGUGUUUCGCGGCGGACCGUCGAAUUAACAAUCGUGAAAGUAGAUCGUACGAUUCGUUGUCGAAGCGACUCGACGAGUCUCUUUUUAACGUACAAAUUCCAAUCUCCGGAUAUCUUUCUUUUCUUCUAUUUCAUUAUUGUUUUCUAUUAGUAACCUCGUCUUACGUGGAGUAUCGAAUGUUUCUAGAUUUAUAACCGAGAGGACACUGUUAACGAUUUAAUGGAGAUCUCAUUGCGUCUUUGAAACGAUGUACCUAAAGUGAAUGUUCAAGGUGCGAAAAGUAAUUAUUGACGAUCGAGGGAAACGAUGUUACAAUCGAGAUAAUCAUUAUUUACCAAGAUAAUCAAUUUUCUUUUUUUAUUCAAGACGGAUGCAAACGUAUUGGAAACUAGUGACAUCGCUUCUUUUUGUUCCCUGAGAGUACUAGAGAACGACAUUUUCGUUUCCAUCCGAAAUCACGUUGUAUCCGCGAUUUUGAUAAAUUGCUAUGUAGAGAGCCACGCGACGAAACAUAACGAUAUUAAUGACGAGAUGAAAAUUAGACGAAUAUAUUACGAAAAUGAAAUCUGAGUAUUUUGCACAAAAAGGAAUAAAAAAAAAAAACGAAGAAACGUGGGAUAACCGCGACGACGGCUGUAGAAUUUCGUCGAGAAUUUCGGGGGUUGUCCUCACGAAGAGUUCUCGUAGAUUGUUUCAGAUUCUGCUGCAUCUAAACGAAAACGAACAAAAAAAAGAAAACAGAAAAAACGUAAUCUUUUUCUACGACAAAAAAAAAAAAAAAAAAGAAAAAAAAUAAGCUUAGUAUUACGAUUCAUCUAUCACUAUAUAUGAAGCACAACCUCAGCGUCUUCGAUCUAUUCGUUCGAUUAUCGACUCAAAUAUUCAAAAAGUUUCGUCCCUCCACUGUUUGCUGGAAACUCGGUAUUCUCGCGUCGUUUACAAUGUCAUUUUGGACCAAACGAUCGCGCGUGCGUUCCAGCAUAACUUCCGCGACAGUUCAUCGCUUACAAGCUAAAGAAAAAAAAAAAAACAACCACUCUAGCGGAUAAAACAAUUUCUAUUUUAUAAUCGAUAGAUCAAUCGCACGACGAGUUGAUCGAUCGUUCGGAAGUCCAGAAUUCGGAAUUCGCUAAGACGAAACGCGUGGCGGUGAUUCGAUCGGAUCGUCCAGGAAAGAUGAUCUAUAAAUCGCGUUCCAUCUUUCACGUCGCGAUCGCGUCGAUAGAUGGGACGUUUCUGUCUUUGUUCUUUUUAUAAUCGUCAGCUGGUCUGAUAUCGCGAUUCGAAUCGUCGAGACGCGACGAAAGGGUUAAAAAAACUGUUAAUUUCGCGGGAGAACCGCCCGAGAAAAGGGGGCUGAAAAGUCAGUGCACGCGGUUCCUCGUUCAAAGAAGUAUGCUUUCCCGGCGCGAUAUCGAUG